AAGCCGGGUCUUACACCAAAACCGAACUGGACUUUAGCGCAAGCCCGGGAUAGCAGCGAAUCAGAUCAGACGAUAACGCCCCGACGUUUUCCAGAAGUACUAGUCAAGUUACGGUGUAAAGAAGGGACGAUAAACAUGGGUCUCUUCUCCAAGAAACCCAAACAGCCCAAGACGGUCAGUGUCAGCGACACACAUUCCACCGCGAGCUUCAACUCGGAUCACAGCAACCUCAAAUCGCCCUUGCGCAUGAUGGCCAACAAUCGAACGUCAGGUGGUGGUAAUGGUGGUGCAAAUGGAAACGAUGGUAACUCGGUGCCCACGACGCCCUUGACGCCCUUCUCGCCCCGCUUGCCCAGAGUCGACUUGCCCAAACCUCCCGACCCCAACUUGGAUCCCGCUGCCUAUCUGCGUAGUUUGGGCGCCGUCAGAGAGAGGAGCAGGAUCGUCACGGACAAGGCAUUGCGGAAUAAGUUGAAUCAUUUCGAUGUCGACAUGACCAAGUUCCCCGAUGUGGUUACUUUUGUUUGUGGAAUUAUCAAGAGGGAUUACGAUGCACCAUUCACGAGCAUCCCGGGCCACGGCCGCCACCAGCACUUCUGCGUCGGAGGCCGGGACCGCAUCGCGAAUCUACUCUCCACAUUCGACCAGUCCGUCGACAAGACAGAGCAAUGUCGUCGGUUGAUCGACCUGUUCCUCGUCAGCGUGCUGCUUGAUGCGGGUGCGGGCACCACGUGGAGUUUCCAGAGUGCGGAAAACGGACGCGUGUAUAAACGAAGUGAGGGCCUGGCCAUUGCAAGUCUGGAGAUGUUCAAGACGGGACUUUUCUCCGGCGACCCGAACAACAAAUUCCAAGUUGACAAGAAAGGCCUCCAAAGUUUGACAGUUGAGCAACUGGAGAAGGGUAUGCAAUCACGGCCGGGGAAUGAAGUAGCGGGGUUGGAGGGCCGAUCACAGCUCUUAAUACGGCUGAGCGAGGCUUUGGACCAGAAGGCAGAUUUCUUUGGCGAGGAUGGAAGACCCGGAAACCUGGUUGACUACCUCCUCUCCCAUCCUACGACACAGGCAUCAUCAAACCCAGUAGUCAUCCUCCCCGUCCUCUGGAAUGUCUUAAUGUCAGGCCUGGCACCCAUCUGGCCCGCCUCCCGAACAGCCAUAGAUGGCGUCUCCCUCGGCGACGCCUGGCCCUGUUCUUCCAUGCCCCAAGCCGGCAAAACCCGCUCCCCGACAUCUGCCACCUUCUCCCCCUUCCCGCACACCUCCCAAGCUGAAAAGCCUGCACCCUGGGAGUCCAUCCUCCCCUUUCACAAGCUCACCCAGUGGCUCACCUACUCCCUGAUGCAGCCCAUGCAAUCACUCCUCAAAGUGCAGUUCGCGGGAACCGAGCUGCUGACUGGACUUCCCGAGUACCGCAACGGUGGGCUGUUUAUCGAUCUGGGUGUGCUCACGCUCAAACAGCUGGACAUGGAGCGGGGGCUGGAAAAUUAUAACGAGUAUUGCCGACGAAAGAGCGAGAAGGGCGUGGAGGUCGCGCCCAUGUUUGCGCCGAGCGACGACGUCGUGGUGGAGUGGCGGGGUGUCACGGUCGGGUUUUUGGACCGGUUGUGUGCGGAAGUUAAUAUUGCGUUGAGGAAGGAGCUCCAGGGGGGUGAGCUGACGUUGGCGCAGUUGUUGGAAGCGGGAAGUUGGAAGGGAGGACGAGAAAUCGCAGAGGUUAGCCGGCCGAAUACCAAGGAGCCUCCGAUCUUGAUUGAUUCGGACGGAACGGUAUUCUAAAGUCCCAAGUCUCCCGGACAUGAAUGACGAGGGACAGGGGUACGGAGGAGGAAGGUUGUGUUUUAACGCGUGUUGCAUUGGAUGGAUGCAUGCUGGGUUACGUUGAAGUACGGUUGCCAUCAAAGACUGGGAGGCGCGCCGUC